AUGUCGGUUUCAAUGAAAUUGGUGUGGUUUAUGUGCCUUUGGUUAAGUGCCUUUACUUAUGUAUAUUGUGCACCUUACGAAGUAGUGUACACCGGUGACAGCUGUGAUUGCCCAUCGAAAUUGAACUACCAAGUGAAUGUGCCAAAAAUAUCGAAAACGAAAAAAUAUCGACCAAGCGAAUAUGGCUAUAGUAUAGAUGUUCCAGUGCAAGCCGCCAAGGCAAAAGUUACAUAUUCAUUUGAUUUUCAAGUUGAAGAACCAAAACCACCAAAGCCUGUACCCCAAAAAAAUUUGAAAUUAUUUGCAAAAGUCGAUCGUGUAAUUAUAAAGAAAAAUGACUGCGAAGACACGUCUGGAUCAUCAGGUCAAAACCCAACAUAUUCUUCUUGUAAUUGUGGCCAAUGCGGUGUCACUAAACCACUUUAUAGGUAUGUAUAUAAGCGCGAAACACCCUGCAAGUGUCAGAAAACGAAUUGUAAAUGUAACUCAAAUCCUCCAAUCGCAAUACGUUAUGUUAGACUAACGAAACCAACAUUAGGCUUGAUUGGUAGUCCCAAUGCUUUCAAUUUCAUAGAAAAUACAAGGGAAAUAGCUCCAAAUAUUGAUACAUUCAAAUUAAUCAGAGCAGUCGAUGAUGAUAUGUAUGAUGAACCUAAUAAUAUAAGACGUAAACGGGAUAUACAACGUGUCUUUUAUCGACCACGUAAAUUUGGUGCAGAGCGUCCUGGACGAUUUGUGAAGAAAUAUCACAAAAACUUAUCGGAUAAAGAACGCGGCCUAUUUGAUUUACGACUUUUUGCAGAUCCAAAAACAAAAAAAUCUAAACGCAAAAAUAAAAAGGUGCCAUCAUCACGUCUUUACUCAAGAAUUGUUAAACGUGACAUUAAAGGUGAGUACGACCUUUUAGAAAAAGAACGUGAGCAAAUGGAUUUAACAUUGCCAGAAAUUAUACAGUUUAUGCCGGAAACAUUACAACCAAACUAUAAGAGAGGUCAAUGUCAUUUUGGUUAUAAUGAAGAUAAAUCCAAAGAAAAUAGUAUACAAAGUACUUACACAAAACGUAACGCCGGUCAAUAUUUAUUGCCUUCUAAAGAAACUACAACAGAUGAAAAGCGUACUGAUACUAACCGAUACUCUAAAUCUUCACAACCCAAAAAAGCACUUCAACCAAACCAGCCUCAACCAAACCAGCCUCAACCAAACUUAUAUGCACCGCCGCAGCCUAAAACUAUAUACACAAGUUUUCAUAAUCCCUACAAUAGAGAUGGUUUAGGUAUGAUUGUGUCUGCUUCUUCAGUAUCCGACCGUUCUGGGAUUCCAUUACAAUAUGCUGGCGAGCUACACAGUUUAGGUAAUGCAUACAAAGUACCGUUGCAAAUUUCAGCACCUAUUGUUGGUGCACGCCAUUAUCCAGUCCAGCAUGUAUCAAAUGAAGAGCUGGAUAAAAUUAUUGCCGACAUCGUUUAUCGACAUCCAGACUUUAUUGAUGCGACCUCACAUUACGGUGGUGCGUUAGUAGAUCCCGAACCAGUGCAAGCAGAACAAACGAAGGAUUUUUUGCAGAAACUUAUUGAGGGCCGUUUGAGUUCAUUAUUCCAUCGAGAACAUAUACCACGAAACUUACGAAAUUACAAUAACCCAUUUUCCACCUACAGUUCACCUCCAGUCAUUAACUACCAUUCAUCACUUUAUUAG